AUGCGACAAAGAGAUGUUUGCCGACCCUCAUGCCUCUUAACUUCCAAACCUCUCUGAUUGCGGCUUCUUCUCUUCCCGCCGCCGCCGGAGCUGAGUUUCUCGGCCGGAAAUCCAUCCUAUUACAGGAGGUUUGACUGAGAAAGAUGGAGUCGAUAGUGAAAAAGUAUCAGCAGAAAUUCAGGAGAGUAAAGGAUGAAAUGUGCCGGUGGGAUGAGCUUCAGUCGCGCCUCAUUUCUCAGUUCUCUAACGCCUCUUCUAUCAUUCAGAGGUUGCAGGUGAUCCAAGAUUGUAGGAACUAUGGGGCUUUGAAAUGUGUCGAGGACAUAGAAAAUGCUGUAUUGGCAAAGCAAAUGGAGUCCCUGCAAACCAUCUUACUCUCAAUUAACAAGACUAUGGAAGAAUUUCAUGGAAUUGUCUCUUCCCUUGAGAAGAUAGUUCGUGAUAGCAGGCAACUUGUGAAAGCGGGGUCUUCCCAGCCAACAGCAAAACAAUUGAAGCAACGGGUUGGCGUAAAACCAACACUUGCAGAAUGUUUAGAUGGGCUUAGGCUUCUUGAGGAGAUGCAUCAAUCAGAGUACCUUCUUAAAUUAUCUGUAGUAUCAGCACUUCCAGCUCUUGCAUUGAAACCUAGUGAAAGCGGUGAUUUAGUCGCCCUUCAACAGCUCCUGGUUGAUCAACCUAAUAUUCCCCGAGAGGAAGUGCAAUUCAUAUACGACAUUGUAUUUGCGGAAGAAAUCUCUUGACACGUACCACAUCACUGAUCAUUACAUAAAAUGACAUUUAUUUCCAAGGAAAUCCCAAAGAAGGAAGAUCAAGAGCAUUCAACUACUUAAAGAAUUGGUGAAUCUCCUACAUUGUGGCUGAAAGAAGCUGCCAGUUUAUCACACCUCGAACAUUAAGAACGGAUAUAUCCUCAACCAGAUCUCUUGUAAAGACCGUGGUAAAGAUCAUCAUCCUUGCCCAUUUGUAGAAUAUGUUGCAAGAAACUCUUGUUGAGUUUAUGACUGUAACUUGUGUAACUUUUACCUUUUGAAACGGUUAUACUGAACUUCCGGAAGCAA